AUGGGCAUUCUCAGCAAGGAGCUGGUCGCGUCAUUUGGGGGUGCAACCUUCCUCUUGAAGCUUGUAGGUACGCGGUAUCCCAAAGUGCGCUUCUAUGCCAAUUUCAUCAUCUACAUGACGUGCAUGGCCAUUUGCAGUAUCCUGGGCGUGGUCUACUCUAUCCUGCUGAGUCUCGUCGGCCGGCGAUACAACACGCAGUGGUGGGUUGCGCGCUCAUUUUACAAGAUGAUCAGCUCGCUGCUGGGCAUACGCAUCACGGUGGAUGGCGAGAAGAAUUUGGACCACCGCCCGGCCAUUGUCCUCGGCAACCACCAGAGCAUUCUCGACAUCUACUACCUCGGCCGCAUAUUCCCAUCCAAUGGCGUUGUGAUGGCCAAGAAGGAGCUGCGCUGGGUACCGCUGCUGGGCCAGUUCAUGGUCCUUGGUGGAAAUGUGUUCAUCGAUAGGCAGAGCCGUGCCAGUGCGCUGAGGACCAUGAAGGAGGCGGGCCAGCACAUGCGCAAGCACAAGCUUGCACUUUUUGCUUUCCCGGAAGGUACGCGCUCGCACACGCCCGUGCCGGACUUGCUAGACUUUAAGAAGGGCAUUUUCCACCUUGCGAUCGAGACGCAGCUUCCCAUCAUCCCGUUGGUCUGCCAAAACUACCACAACCUUUAUGACAGCUCCACACGUAUGGAAGGUGGUAAUAUUCGCAUUUCUGUUCUUCCCCCGAUCAGCACCAAAGGAUGCACGGUCAAGGACACGGACAGGCUUAUAAGCACUGUCCGCAACGCGAUGCUUGCCCGUGCAAAACAACUUGGAUCCGUGCCGGCACCCGGAGAGCCUCAGCACGGCGCUUCCAGUGCCGCACUGAAACCAAAGAUGUAG